AUGAAAUGCCUAGGGAGCGCCUCAGACCCUCCUCUCUCAGUGUGGACCGAUCGACCGACCAUCGGACAUAGAGACCUCAAGAAAGCUGUCCCAGAGCAACCAUUAUUCCCCCAAAAGAAAAUAUCCUCUGCCCCCGAGUCGCAAUUGAACCACCACGCAACACAAAAUGGCUGCCCGGACAUUGCGCAUAGGUACGGCAAGAUACCACUUGUCUCCAUUCAAUUGCCUCCCGCUAAUAUACAGGUUCCUCUAGGCCUCAUCCCCGGCGAUGGAAUUGGCAAGGAGGUCAUCCCCGCCGGCCGCAAAAUCCUAGAAGCGCUACCGGCUUCCCUCAAGCUUAAAUUCGAGUUCGUCGAUCUGAAGGCGGGUUUCGAGACAUUCGAACAAACCGGGGCCGCUCUGCCAGACAAGACCGUCGAGAUCCUCAAAAACGAAUGUGAUGGUGCUCUCUUCGGUGCCGUCAGCUCCCCCUCCAAGGCUGUCAAAGGCUACUCGUCCCCAAUCGUUGCCCUGCGCAAGAAGCUCGACCUGUAUGCCAACGUCCGGCCAGUCAAGAGCGUUAUGACCGCCAAGAAUCCAAUUGAUAUGGUGAUUGUGCGAGAAAACACCGAGGAUCUGUAUGUCAAGGAGGAGAAGACAUACGAUGCCGCCGAUGGAAGCGGGAAGGUCGCGGAGGCGAUCAAGCGGAUAUCUGAGAAGGCUUCGUUCCGUAUCGCGACAAUGGCUGGGGAGAUCGCUCUGCGACGACAGAAGAUCAGGGAAAGCGGUGCACCGAGCAUACACAAGUCGCCACUUGUGACAAUUACCCACAAGUCGAAUGUUCUUAGCCAGACGGAUGGUCUGUUUAGAUCGACUGCCCGGGAGGCAUUGGCUGCGUCAAGGUUCUCGAGCGUGGGCGUGGAGGAGCAGAUCGUCGACUCGAUGGUCUAUAAACUCUUCCGCCAACCAGAGACCUACGACGUCAUUGUUGCACCGAACUUGUACGGAGAUAUCCUGUCUGAUGGCGCCGCUGCGCUUGUGGGAUCUCUGGGUCUUGUCCCCAGUGCCAAUGUAGGAGAGGGAUUUGCCAUCGGAGAGCCCUGCCACGGUAGCGCACCAGAUAUCAUGGGCCAGGACAUUGCAAACCCCAUCGCGACAUUGAGGAGUGUGGCGCUGAUGCUGGAAUUCCUCAACGAGGAAGCAGCUGCAGCGAAGAUUUACGCGGCUGUUGAUGGAAACCUCGAGGAUGGCAAGUUGCUCAGCCCUGAUCUAGGGGGAACGGCUACCACCACUCAGGUUGUUGAGGAUAUUCUGCGACGCUUGUAG